AUGGACUUCGGGUCACCUUCUAGCUCCUUCCCUGCAUGUGUCCCACGAGGGAGGGAUAGGCCAAGGCCAGGGCCAGCGUCCCAGGAGGCGGGGCUGGAGCGCCUAGCCUGCCUUCCUCCCCCCCUGCCCUCCAGGUUCUGCGCCCCCGGGCUUGGCGCCGGCGGACACCUCCUAGGGCUCACGGAGCCGAGACACCUGGGGCACCCGGCCAAGAGCUGCCGCCACCCGCCCCUCCCCCAGCCUCCGCUGGGGGUGUUUAUCUUCGCCGUUCCUCCCCGCUCUUUUCUCUUUCACUUUUCUUUUCGUUGGGGGUUGGGGCUCCCUGGGUUCCAGGAGCCCAGGGAAACCCCAGCUGAUUUGUUUGUGGCCGCAGAGACCUUACGCCCGGGAAGGGAGCCGGGUGGCCGCGCCCGCCCCGCUGCACUGCCUGCCGCCCCUGACCCUGCAGCCCGGAGUCGAUGGAGAAUCCAUUCCUACAUAUGGUCACGUGGCUCUUCAAAAUAA